AUGGCGUCGAACAGGGUCCUGAUGGCGAGCCCUCGCUUUAUUUGUCGCAGCUGCUCUCGCCAGGCACGUGGCUCUGGCUCUUAUCGGCGCUCCUAUUCCACAGCUUCUUCGUCCCAGGACAUUUACGAUGUGGUUUGCAUUGGAGGUGGCCCGGCUGGGCUGAGUCUCCUCACUGCGCUGCGCGCCAAUCCUACCACAUCUCGUCUCCGUGUCGCCCUAGUCGAAGCUCAAGACCUCUCCAAGACAGCUUCUCUCUCUCUACCACCAACACAAUUCUCCAACCGAUGUAGCUCCCUCACGCCCACAACAGCCCAGUUCCUCAACACCAUCGGAGCAUGGCCGCACAUGAAGCGCAGUCGCAUUCAAGAGUUUCACGAGAUGCAGGUCUGGGACGGCGUAACGGAUGCCCGCAUCGAGUUUGACUAUCAGCUCGGCUCUACGGCCAACCAAGGAAACGUCAUUGCUUAUAUGGCGGAGAAUAUAAAUAUCACAUCUGGCCUUUUGAAGAGAAUUAAUGAAAUCGGCGGAGUGGAUGUUUUCGACAGCUCAAGAGUUGAGAAGAUUACGCUUGGAGAGGAAACCGAGGACUUGGAUCUGAGAGAAUGGCCCGUCGUGCAUUUACAGGGCGGCAAGUCUCUGGCGGCUCGACUUCUUGUUGGAGCUGAUGGCGCCAAUAGCCCUGUUCGAUCAUUUGCGCGUAUUGAGAGUCGGGGUUGGGACUAUAACCGACAUGGAGUUGUCGCAACGCUGGAGCUGGAAGGCGAUGGAUGGGGAGGCGAGUAUCGCAAAACCGCGUAUCAGCGAUUUCUUCCAACUGGACCCGUUGCCAUGCUUCCCCUACCUGGAAACCAUGCGACGCUGGUCUGGUCAACGACGCCUGAGAAUGCGUCGCUGCUGAAGAAGCUGUCUGCCAAGGACUUUAUUGCGCUGGUCAACUCUGCGUUUCGACUUGGUCCCGUCGACUUGGCUUAUAUGCACCCUCAGGCCACUGGUCAGGAAGAUGAGUUUGCCUGGCGGACCCAGCACACGCACUUUGACGCCGAAGCCAUCCCUCAACUUGUUGUUGGCGUUCAAGAAGGAAGCAUCGCAUCGUUUCCCCUGAAAUUCCGACAUGCAGACACUUACAUCGGUGAGCGUGUUGCUCUGGUCGGCGAUGCGGCGCAUACUGUCCACCCCCUUGCUGGACAGGGCUUAAAUCAAGGACAGGGCGAUAUUCAGAGCUUGGUCAAGACCAUCGAGUAUGCCGUCGCUCAUGGCCAAGACUUGGGAACGCAAAUGUCGCUCGAGUCGUACAACAGCGAGAGAUAUGCGGCAAACCAUGUAUUGAUGGGGGUGUGUGACAAGCUUCACAAGCUGUAUUCUGUAGAGAGCGGUCCCCUGAUUCCCCUGAGGUCGCUGGGCUUGAAGGCUGCCAAUGCCCUCGGACCACUGAAGAGCUUUUUCAUGGAGCAGGCUUCUGGUCGGGGAGUGAGGGUUUGA